ACACCGUCAACGAGACCACUACAAGUGCACCGGCCACACACAGCAGCAACGAGACAACUACAAGUGCACCGAUCACACACACCGUCAACGAGACAACUACAAGUGCACCGAUCACACACACCGUCAAUGAGACAACUACAAGUGCACCAAUUACACACACCGUCAACGAGACAACUACGAGUGCACCGAUCACACACACCAGCAACGAGACCACUGCAAGUGCACCAAUCACACACACUAGCAACGAGACAACUACAAAUGCACCGAUCACACACACCAACAACGAGACAACUACAAGUGCACCGAUCACACAUACCAGCAACGAAACAACUGCAAGUGCACUGGUCACACACACCAGCAACGAGACCACUACGAGUGCACCGAUCACACACACCAGUAACGAGACAACUACGAGUGCACCAAUCACACAUACCAGCAACGAGACCACUACAAAUGCACCGAUCACACACACCAGUAACGAGACAACUACAAGUGCACCGAUCACACAUACCAGCAGUGAAACAACUACAAGUGCACCGAUCACACAUACCAGCAACGAGACAACUACGAGUGCGCUGAUAACACACACCGUCAACGAGACCACUACAAGUGAACCAAUUACACACACCGUCAACGAGACAACAACAAGUGCACCGAUCACACACACCGUCAACGAGACAACUACAAGUGCACUGAUCACACACACCAACAAUGAGACCACUACAAGUGUACCAAUCACACACACUAGUAACGAGACAACUACGAGUGCACCGAUCACACACACCAGCAAUGAGACAACUACAAGUGCACCAAUCACACACACCAGCAACGAGACAACUACAAGUGCACCAAUCACACACACCGUCAAUGAGACAACUACAAGUGCACCAAUCACACACACCGUCAACGAGACCACGACGAGUGCACCGAUCACACACACCAGCAACAUGACGACUACGAUUGCACCGAUCACACACACCGUCAACGAGACAACUAUAAGUGCACCGAUCACACACACCAACAACGAGACCACUACAAAUGCACCGAUCACACACACCAUCAACGAGACCACUACAAGUGCACCGAUCACACACACCGUCAACGAGACCACUACAAGUGCACCAAUUACACACACCGUCAACGAGACAACUACAAGUGCACCGAUCACACACACUGUCAACGAGACAACUACGAGUGCACCGAUCACACACACCAACAAUGAGACAACUACAAGUGCACCGAUCACAAACACCGUCAAUGAGACAACUACAAAUGCACCAAUCACACACACUGUCAACGAGACCACUACAAGUGCACCAAUCACACACACCAGCAACACGACAACUACGAGUGCACCGAUCACACACACCAACAACGAGACCACUACAAGUGCACCAAUUACACACACCGUCAACGAGACAACUACAAGUGCACCGAUCACAAACACUGUCAAUGAGACCACUACAAGUGCACCAAUUACACACACCGUCAACGAGACAACUACAAGUGCGCCGAUCACACACACCGUCAAUGAGACAACUACAAGUGCACCAAUUACACACACCAGCAACGAGACAACUUCAAGUGCGCCAAUCACACACACCAACAACGAGACAACUACAAGUGCACCGAUCACAAACACCGUCAACGAGACAACUACAAGUGCACCAAUCACACACACCGUCAACGAGACCACUACAAGUGUACCGAUCACACACACCAACAACGAGACAACUACAAGUGCACCGAUCACAAACACUGUCAAUGAGACAACUACAAGUGCACCAAUCACACACACCAUCAACGAGACCACUACGAGUGCACCGAUCACACACACCAGCAAUACGACGACUACGAGUGCACCGAUCACACACACCAACGAGACCACUACAAGUGCGCCAAUUACACACACUGUCAACGAGACAACUACAAGUGCACCGAUCACACACACCAUCAACGAGACCACUACAAGUGCACCAAUUACACACACCGUCAACGAGACCACUACAAGUGCACCGAUCACACACACCGUCAAUGAGACAACUACAAGUGCACCAAUCACACACACCGUCAACGAGACCAUCACAACAAUAACCACUUCAGCUGUUCUAACUACAACUACACUAACAAACUCUACUAACCCCUCUCCUGAGACUCCUGCAUCCACCACCACACCCCUAUCCUCCGCUGUCACCACACACACAACACUCACAGCUGGAACCCCUUCCUCUUCACCUACCUCCAUCUCCACCUCCAGUUCACUCCCUACAAAUACCUCCCCAGGCAGUAGCACCGCAUCCCCCACUGGAAAUACCACCACCCCUAGUCCCUCAACAACCACCUCAGGAGUUACUGGCCACACCACUUUGACUCAUUCAACUGAAACAGCUAAUGGCACUACAACAGCCUCAUCCACCACCACACCAACCUCCGCCACUACUAUCUCUACUGGUACCACCAUCACUGGAACCACCCUGCGACCAACAGACAUCACCACCAAAAAUGCUACCACCACUCCAGCCCCCAACACCACCAUCACUACUGGCACUACCAUUACUACUGGUACAACCCUACGACCAACAGACGUCACUAGCAAAAAUACUACCACCACUCCAGCCCCCAUCACCACCAUCACUACCGGUACCACCAUCACUGGUACCACCCUGCGACCAACAGACAUCACCACCAAAAAUGCUACCACCACCACUUCAGCCCCCAACACCACCAUCACUACUGGUACCACCAUACGACCAACAGAUAUCACUACCAAAAAUACUACCACCACUCCAGCCCCCAUCAUCACCACCACCAUUACUACUGGUACCACUAUCACUACUGGUACGACCCUGCGACCAACAGACAUCACCACCAACUCCACCACAGCAGCCCCACCCAUCCCUCCAGCCAUAGUGUGCCCUGCCAUCCCAUGCCCUCUUGAAAGCGUCUGUCUUAACGGUACUUGCCAGUGUAUCACCGGUAGCUUUCUGGUGGAUGGCCAAUGUGAACGCGCCCAAGUGUUCCCCGGCCAGCUUCAUAUCACCUCCUUGGAAUUUGAAAAAGGAAUGAGCGACAGGUCCUCAGAAAUAUUCCGGAAGACAGCAGCAGAGAUCUCAGCAGCGCUCAGAGAUGCCCUCAAGAAUGAGCCGGGGUAUAAACAAUCUGAUGUUGUGCAACUUCAACCAGGAAGUGUCCAAGCAACUGUAAAUAACAUCUUUGAAAACACCAGCUCCACCCAAGAGUCUGUCGAUCAGGCCAUUAAUAAGGCUAUAGCCACCUCAACAAAUGAACUGUUUGCUAAUGCUACGUUUACAAGUACAAACCUGUGUGCACAGGAGCCAUUUCCCUGUGAUGUCUCCACCACAAUGUGCACAGAUAUAAAAGGCCGGGCUGUGUGUUCCUGCAAAGAGGGCUACAUCUCCAUCCUGUACUCAAACACCAGCUGCAAAGCAUGUCCAAGCGGGCAGAGGGCAGUAGGGGACACGUGUCAACCAUGUGCGUUUGGAUAUGCUGGCUUCAACUGCAAUGACUCGGCUCUGCUGGCAGUUGUGGUCAUCUCCUGUGUACUCGGAGGAAUUCUUCUGAUCAUUGUCCUGGCUUUGCUCAUAUACUGCUGCUGGAGGGGAUGCUCAAGGAGCAAGGCAGACUACAGCAGCAGUCCUUACUCAUCAGGUGACGUGAGCCAGCCCUGGCCCACUGGCAUCACCCCCAUCCCCCGCGCCACAACUAACUUUGACGCAGCUACUCCCAUAGAGAUGACAGAAGGGGGCAGCACUCAUGUCCUGGUGGACAAAAAGCAUCAAACCAAUGGCUCGUCGGGAUCAUACGAUCUCAACCCAGAAGGAAUGAACACCUUCAAAGGUAAAAAUCCAUCCCGUUACUCCUAUCUGGUCCAAGGCCACGAGAACCCCUACUUCUUACCAGGAGACGACAGGAACUGAACUCAUGAAACCCAUGCAGAAAUGAAGAGCAUGGUAUCAAAAAGAAGCCACACACAUUAGAAACUCUGGGUCUACAGGCACACUUCCUGAGCAGGACCAGGUUAUUUAUACUUUUUUGAACUGGCUUGGAUUAAAGACAAAUAACAAAGGACUUUUUUUUAUCUGGGAAACAGCCACCAAAGAGAUUCACUCAUACGAGCAAGAACAUUUAACCAUUUUUUUUAAGUGAGAUUGUGUCUGUAAAUGUUGCUGAUCAUAACCAGUAGAUGUCCCUGUUGCUCAGUGUAAUUCUUCUAUUGUCUUACAAGAUACUUCUGACUUUUUUAAAUUCUUUUAAGAAAUCAUCCCGUAGUCUUUUUAAAAUGAAGCUUCUUACGUUGCUAAUUGCACUAAAGUGUGUGUUAAGUUUACCUCCAGUUUUCCUCUGAAACCAAAGGUAAACUGAAUGUAGGCUUUCAGGGGCUAAUAGAUAUUUUUCUUAUGGGUAUAAUUAUUUUUUAGAAGAAUAAAUCUUGUACGACUAAAGGGGCUGGAUCCCUGGUUGGGAUAUUUUCUAAAGGGAUUUAUAUCGUAGCUGAGAGCUCUGUAUGUGUCGACGCUGCACUUGCAGAAUGUGCCUGUUUUAAUCGUCUGUUUGACAAACAGGAAACAUGUAAAGCUGGUGAUAAAGCCUGUCUCCUGGAUGUGCCAAUUAUCACUUGUAUACAUUUCUUUUUUUGAAAACUCUUAUAUAUAUUUAUCCUCAUGUGUCUGAGACAGUGCACUAUUUUAUGUGUGUAAAUGUUUUGUAAAUAAUUGAAGAUCUUUUGGCAGAGCAUGUGUCUGUGUAUAUAUAUAUAUAUGCAAUGGAAAU